AUGUCUAAAGAUCUCCUUAACAACGUUGAGCUACUCCCUCCUGAUGCGCUCUUUAACAUCAAGAGCAGAUUGGCAAAAGAUUCCAGACCAGUGAAAGUUGAUCUUGGAAUUGGUGCGUACCGUGAUGACACCGGUAAACCCUGGGUUCUUCCAAGUGUACGUAAAGCUGAGAAGUUGAUUCAGCAGAGUACCGACUACAAUCACGAAUACUUGAGCAUUGGUGGGUUGGGUGCUCUGACACAAGGUGCAUCUAGAGUUCUGCUGGGAGAUCAGUCUACUGCGCUCAAGGAGAACAGAGUUGUCUCUGUUCAAUCCUUAUCCGGUACCGGUGCGCUACACAUGGCCGCAACUUUCCUAGCAAAAGUGGGUCACGACAAGCUCAUCUACUUAUCUGACCCAACCUGGGCAAACCACAAAGCCAUCUUUGAGAUGGUGGGUUUCAAAACGGCUACUUACCCAUACUGGGACCCUGCUACCAAAUCUUUGGAUUUGCAGGGCUACGUCUCUGCCAUUAAAUCGGCACCGCAAGGGUCUAUCUUUGUGCUUCAUGCAUGUGCCCAUAACCCGACUGGUUUGGAUCCUGACCAUGACCAGUGGACUUCCAUCCUGGAUGCUAUUGUAGAAAAAGAUCAUAUCGUUAUUUUUGACUCGGCAUAUCAAGGGUUUGCCUCGGGUGACUUAGACAGAGACGCGUUCGCAGUACGUUUAGGCUUGGAAAAGCUGUCUGAUGCCAGCCCAGUGAUUAUAUGCCAGUCGUUUGCAAAGAACGUUGGUAUGUAUGGAGAACGUGCUGGGUGCUUCCACGUUGUAUUCCCUCGCCAAGACCAAUCUGUCGAUACGGAGAAGGUUAAGGCUGCGGUCACAUCUCAAUUGGCCAAGAUCACCCGUAGCGAACUUUCGAACCCACCUGCCUAUGGUGCAAAGAUUGUAGCAACCGUCUUGAACACUCCAGAAUUAACCAAUCAAUGGCAUAGCGAUAUGGUAACGAUGUCUUCAAGGAUCAUCAAAAUGAGACAUGAAUUGAGAGAUCAUUUGGUCAAACUUAACACACCAGGUAACUGGGACCACAUCGUUGGACAAACAGGUAUGUUUUCCUAUACAGGAUUGAGUGCUGAAAUGGUUCAAAGACUCGAAAAGGAACACGCUGUUUACAUGGUGAGCUCUGGGCGAGCUUCCAUUGCUGGUUUGAAUAGCAGCAACGUCGAAUACGUGGCUAAGGCUAUCAAUGAAGUGGUUAACCACUUUGGAAGCUCCAAACUAUGA